CUGCUCACCUGGGCAGUGAAGGCAUCAGAAAGCUGCCAAGACACCAUCUCCAGGAACUCCCAGCACCCAGAAUCCACCAGAGAAUAUGCUGCCACAAAUAGCCUUUUUGCUGCUAGUGUCCUUGAACUUGGUUCAGUGCUUUUAUGCUGAACGAUCCGAACCACCCAAAAGCAUAAAAGGACCAGUACUCAACACCAAGACACACUUAGUCAUUCCCUACACCAUAAAGACUAAAGGUAUACCAGUAAAAGGAGAGAAAGGAGUUCCUGGUCUACCAGGCCCUGUUGGACCUCGAGGGCACCCAGGUCCUUCUGGACCACCAGGAAAACCAGGCUAUGGAAGUCCUGGACAGCAAGGAGAGCCAGGGCUGCCAGGACCACCAGGACCACCAGGCAUUGGGAAGCCAGGUUUGCCAGGAUUCCCAGGAAAACCAGGGGAGAGAGGACCAUAUGGACCGAAAGGAGACAUUGGACCAGCUGGUUUUCAAGGACCACGAGGCCUACCAGGGCCACGAGGAAUCCCCGGCCCAGCUGGACUCUCUGUGACAGGAAAACCUGGACAACAAGGACCUGAAGGAGCCCAGGGCCCCAGAGGCUUUCCUGGAGAAAAGGGUGCGCCAGGAGACCCUGGUGUGAGUGGACGGAAAGGGGAUAUGGGGUAUGGCGUUCCUGGCCACCCAGGUGAGAGGGGCCUUCCAGGCCGACAGGGUCCCAUGGGACCACCUGGCCCUACUGGAGUGGGAAAAAGAGGUGAAACCGGGUUUCCAGGAGAGCCAGGCAUCAAAGGAGAUCAGGGUUUUCCAGGAGAAAAGGGACUAGCUGGUCUACCAGGUCCCCGAGGUCCUCCUGGGGAACGAGGACCAGCAUGCAUUGGAAAGCCAGGAAUUGCAGGACUCCCAGGCCACCCAGGGAUUCCAGGAACAAAAGGUCUCCCUGGGGCUCCAGGAAUAGCUGGGCCCCCAGGGGAGCCGGGCUAUGGGAGACCAGGCUUGCCAGGACUGAAGGGACAAAGAGGACCUGCUGGCUUUACAGGGGCUCCAGGUGCCAAGGGUGAACAAGGGCCAGUAGGUCAUCCUGGGGAGCCAGGUCUGACUGGACCUCCUGGAAAUAUGGGACCCCAAGGUCCUAAAGGCAUCCCAGGCAACUAUGGUCUCCCAGGCGCUAAAGGUGAGAGUGGGCCAGCUGGGCCUACAGGAUUCCCUGGGGCUAAGGGAGAAAGGGGCUUCCCCGGGUUAGAUGGAAAAUCAGGGUUCCCAGGAGAACCAGGUCUCAACGGCCCUAAAGGGAACCCAGGGCUAAUGGGCCCAAAAGGUGACCCUGGAGUUAGAGGACCUCCUGGUCUCCCAGGCCCUGUGGGCCCAGAAGGAGCUAAGGGAGUGCCUGGACACAAUGGUGAGGCUGGUCCUAGAGGAGACCCUGGAAUACCAGGUGCCAGAGGCCUUAUUGGGCCACCAGGCAUCCCUGGAUUCCCUGGAGCUAAAGGGGAUCCAGGAAAUCCAGGUCUACCUGGCCCAGCUGGCAUAGCAACAAAGGGCCUCCCCGGACCCACUGGGCCAUCAGGGCCACCAGGGCCAAGAGGCUACAUUGGACAGCCUGGUCUCCCAGGGCCCCCAGGCCCCCCAGGUCCCCCAGGCCAAGCAACUGUGCCUAAGGUGCUUAUAAAGGCAAGCCAGAGGCCUAGUCUUUCUGGAAUGUCUCUUGUUAGUACCAACCAGGGAAUAAUAGGAAUACCUGUGUCUGCUUUUACUGUUAUUCUCUCCAAAGCUUACCCAGCAACAGGUACUCCCAUCCCAUUUGAUAAGAUUUUGUAUAACAGGCAACAGCAUUAUGACCCAAGAACUGGAAUCUUUACCUGUAGGAUACCAGGAAUAUACUAUUUCUCCUACCAUGUGCAUGUGAAAGGGACCCACGUUUGGGUGGGCCUGUAUAAGAACGGCACCCCCAUGAUGUACACCUAUGAAGAAUAUUCCAAAGGCUACUUAGAUCAGGCUUCAGGGAGCGCCAUAAUUGAUCUCAUAGAAAAUGACCAGGUGUGGCUCCAGCUGCCCAAUGCAGAUUCGAAUGGCCUGUACUCCUCUGACUAUGUCCACUCCUCUUUCACAGGAUUCUUAGUGACUCCGAUGUGAGCACGUUCCCACUGAGCUAAUUUAAAUCCUCUGCUUGAAAGGCAUUUCCCCAACUCCAUUCCACCCCACAAAAUGCAUAUGGAGAUAGGUUGAAAAGAACAUGAUUUUUAUUUCCAAGCUAUCAGAUCAAUAAUUUCUCUCCCCUUUGAAAGUGACCAGCAAUACUAGACUAUAUGAGAAGACCCUCUUGAAUCACUAGUCAGCAAUCCUAUGGCCCUUAAAAUAUUCUGUAAACUCCCUUAAUAUUUAAAAAUUUCACCACAGAAGUCUUGCUGAGCUAAAACAUAUAUAUAUGUUUUGUGUAAACUACCACAAAAUAACAGAAAUAUGGCUCCAAAUUACAUUAAAUUUGAUUUCAGAAACUCAGGAUUUACUUAUAAAAUAAGGCUGUUUCUAACACUCAAUAUGAGACUUUGUAGGAAAUAAUCAAGAGGUAGUAUCGUAUAACUUUAUAGAACUUAAACACUUGAAUAUUCAAAUUUAAAAAACAUUGUAUACCCUGCGAUAUUUCUGAUGGUGCAUUAUUCAGAGGCCUAUAUGGUCCCUUUCCAAUCAAGAUCUGUUCAACUAUAUGGGUGCAUAUAUACUUUUUAAAGCUCUCGUAAAACCCCAAAAUAUUGUGUUGAAAAAUCAAUCUGAAAUGCAAGGUGCUUUAUAGUCGAUAAACCUUUCCUGUGAUUGCAGAAAAACUUUUUACAUACCCAGCCAACUUGGAAACAGGUAUCUGACCUUAUUUAUUUAACAUAAAUGUGAUUAAUUUGAUUUCUUUAAUUCCUUACAGAAUCUUAUGUGAGAUGAUUUUGUGGGCUUGUAGAACAUGGGCAUAGGUACCUUCUGCCUCCCACUUCAGUGAAAUUAUAACUAACCACCAAGGGUUUCAAACUUUGACUAGAAGUAAAAAGAUGUUAUUUAUUUAUGCUCUGUACUGUAUUUUUAUAUUGCUGUUUAAAACUUUCAAGCUGUGCCUCACUUAUUAAAGCAUGAAAUGUUUUACCUACUACUUAUUUACAAUGCAAUAAAAUAAUGUCAAUAGACCUAUCAUGCUGGAUUUAUUUGAAAACAGCAAUUUGUUCUUUUCAACCAUUCUUAAAAGGGCUUUCAUUUUACAAAGUUAAUUACAAAGUAAAACAAUAAAAUGUUGGGUGGCUUUUAUCAUUGUCAUGGAUAUGUCCUUCCAAUGGGGUUGGGCAGUCCCACACACCCAGGCCUUCAGAAUAAACUGAAAAGGGACCCACAAAGCCACAUGCGAUGAGCUAGAGUCAAGAGCUGAUGACCAGGCCCAAAGCAGUGAUUUUCUUCUAGAAGGGAAAGCAGCAGGUGGCAUAGAAAUAUAUAGUUUGAGCAAGUAUCCUGCAGUUACUAUUUAUUGUCUUGACAUGUUUUUAGUCAUAAUACUUAAAAUUAUUUUGAUGGCUUGAGUUAUUAUACAUGAAAAGGAAGGCGAGUAAUUUUUAUGUCAAUCAAAAGGCAACAUUUUUUGAAGCUAAAAAAUACUGCUGUCAAGUAUCCAUCAAGCCAUUACCUGAACCAGGAUGAUCUGGUUUAAGUCACUGGAGUAAC